AUGAGUAGUUCAAUAUCGCAAAAAGAAAAUAAACUCAUAAAAUUUUAUAAAUUUUUGACGCAAAAACUUAAAUUUCACGAUCUUUCAUCGGCAAAAUCCAAAGAUAAUGACGAAAUCGCCACACAUUUCCCAGAACUAUUAACAGAGAUGAGAAAUGUAAUCGAUCCAGGGCCUAGAGAUGAACAUUUGUUCUCUUGUAUCGAAGAUUGGUGCAAUUCUCACGGCAUAACUGAAAAACAAUUGGUACAGCAUGCUCGUGUGUUGGUGAAAACGAAUUUGGAGUAUGCUUGUCUGUUAGGAUUAUGCUAUCAUUAUGGCGUAGGGACCUCAAGGAAUUAUAAAAAGGCUUUUAAAUAUUAUUCGAAAGCCGCACAUUUUGGAGAUCGAUUUGGGAUGAAUCAACUGGGAUGGUGUUUUCGUAAACAAUUAGGUACUAAAUCUAACUUAGUUCUUAGUACACUAUGGUAUCAGCGUUCAGCGGCAUCAGGGGAUCCUACCGGUCAAUGCAAUCUGGCAUUUUGUUUAUACGAGGGAAACGGCAUCAAAGCAAACAAAUACAUCGCUUUCAAAUUGUUUGAGAAAUCCGCUAUUGCUGGAAUUGAUACAUCGCAACAAAAAGUCGCAAAAUUAUAUUUACAUGGAAUUGGGACAGAGCGUGAUAUUCAUAAAGCGAUAAAAUGCUGCCGAGACUGGAUGAACACUUCAGAUAACAGAGUUUUUUCUCAUCAUAUAUUUCGCUAA